AUGGACUCUUCGGCAUUGAUUAAGCAAGAGGAUGGUGUUGACAAUCUGGCAAAACAUUUGGCAAUUCAUAAUAACGACCUACAGCAUCAGUGUCCGUAUUGUUCAUCAAAGUUCGCACAGUCAUCUAGCCUAAAGAACCAUCCAUACAAGUGUAAAGUCUGUGACAAAGCUUUCCAUUCAUCCAGCAUUCUGGUAGAGCAUUCUAAAAUUCACAAUAAGGACCAACAUCAUCAUUGUCCUCAUUGUUCUUCAAUGUUCGCGCGAUUAUCUAGUCUAGAGAUUCAUAUCCGCACUCACACCGGCGAAAAGCCAUACAGGUGUAAAGUCUGUGACAAAGCCUUCCAUUCAUCAGGAAAUCUGUCA